GAACCGUAAAGUGUGUAAACCAGAGUUCUCAACACUCAACACGUUACAGCCUCUUAGAUUUGGGGCAUACCAUGAUCGCCAUGACGUUUAAAGACGAUGAAACUAUACGUGCCCAUUGGCGAUGUUUUGUUGCUUGUGGCUUAAUGGUUCUAUCGCCAUUCCAAUAUGGCAUUGAUUUUGGCUUGAUAGGAGGCAUGCAGGCGAUGCCGGGGUUUCUCAAAAUAUAUGGUCACCCGGCUCCGAAUACAGCAAUUGGCUGGAAUAUUUCGACAGUACGACAACAGUUAAUUACAUCUCUAAUGACGCUCGGUGCGUUCGUGAGCUCAGCUACUGCCGGUAUAGUGGCCGCCAAAUUCGGUCGAAAAUCUUGUCUGUGGUUGGCAUCUCUAGGCUGUGUCGUCUCAAACAUCAUUAUGAUGACCACAGUCGACAUCAACGCGCUUUACGUAGGACGUUUAUUGAACGGAUUGGCAAACGGUUACUUCAUGACCUUCUCUCAGCUAUUCAUCCAAGAGAGCAGCCCAGCCAAGUACCGUGGGCUUUUCUUGACUGCAUUUCAGUUCUGCACCUCCUUCGGCACAUUAAUUGGCACAAUCGUUGACUGGGCGACAGCAGCCCGUCCAGAUCGAUCAGCAUAUCUUAUACCCCUCGGACUUAUCUUUAUUAUACCCUUCUUCUUGUCGAUUGGCAUGUUCUUUAUACCAGAAUCACCGCGUUGGUUGAUUUUACAAAAUCGGAUUGAAGAAGGACGGAAGGCUUUGGAGUGGCUUAGACCAACUGGCGCACAAGUCGACGUUGAAGUUGCAGAGAUCAAAGCGGCCAUCGAUAAAGAACGCGAGAUGGGCAGCCAGGUCAGCGUUGUGGAUAUGUUCAAGAACCCUAUAGAUCGGAGACGUACCGCUCUUGCUGUUUGCGGAGUAACUUUACAAGCCGCCACAGGAUCUAUGUUCAUUAUCUCAUACAAGGCCUACUUCUUUACGAUGGCCAAAGUAGCGGAUCCUUUCGCAAUGGGCUGCGUCCUGAGCGCUAUCGGUUUAUUUGCCAUCGCCCUUAACUCCUUAAUUGUAGUGCGCUAUGGUCGCCGCCGUGUACUACUCAUGGGCGGCCUGGGCACUUGCGGGAUCCUCCAAUUGAUCGUUGCCAUAGUGUAUGACAAGAACCCCGGUGCGACUACGACGGGUCAAGUUCUUGUAGGUCUAUCCUGCCUCUACAUGAUGAGUUACAACGGUAUGGUUGCUACUUAUGCAUGGCUAUGCGGUGGCGAGCUUCCGUCUCAAAGACUGCGCAGCUAUACGUUCGGACUAGCGGCAGCUGCAGGGUUCUUUGCGGCGUGGCUUACUACAUUCACGGCUCCUUAUUUUAUCAAUCCAGAUUCGCUUAACUGGGGACCGAGAUAUGGAUAUAUUUGGUGCCCCAGUUCUAUUAUAGCCGGAAUCUGGGUGUUCUUCUUUCUACCCGAGGUCAAGGGCCGAACAUUGGAAGAAAUUGAUGAAAUGUUCGAAGCGAAGCUCCCUGCGCGAAAGUUUAGAGGUUAUACGUGUAUUCGCAGAUUGUCCAUAGAGGAGAAGCCAGAUACUCAACACGAGGAAUAA